AUGAGCGUCUUUCAGCGGUGCGUUUUCCAGAGGAUCAUUCAGCAGGUGUGGGGCCCCCGGGGACCGAGCGCGGCUACGGGACUGACACCGGUUUGGAGGCUGGGCGCUGCGGAUGCACCGGGACACAGGAAUAAAUCAGAUGCGCCGUGCGUAAAGGAGCGCACCCUCAUCGCAGUGAAGCCAGACGGGGUUCAGCGUCGCCUUGUGGGACAAAUUAUUCAUCGUUUUGAGAGACGAGGCUUCAAACUGGUCGGACUUAAACUGCUCCAGGUUUCCAAGGACCUCCUGUCUCAACACUAUUGCCAGCUGACCAAGAAGCCUUUUUACCCAGAUCUAGUGGACUACAUGACUUCAGGACCGGUUGUUGCAAUGGUGUGGGAGGGUCCUAACAUAGUGCAAACAUCCAGAAUGAUGGUGGGGCACACAAACCCAUCGGAGGCUCAAACCGGCACCAUCCGCGCAGAUUUCUGUUUCCAUGUCAGCCGUAACGUGGUCCACGCCAGCGACUCCACAGAGGGCGCCCAAAGAGAGAUCCGCCUUUGGUUUGAUGGACAGGACCUCCUGAGCUGGGACUGCAUCGACAAGAGCGUGACCAGUGAACUGUGA